AUGGCAUCUCCUCAAAUUGGCUGGAUCGGCCUCGGAUCAAUGGGCCUUCCCAUGGCAACAAAUCUCCAAAAACAUCUAAGUUCAACAGGGGCUACAAAUAUCAUUUACUUCAAUCGCACUAUUUCCCGUGGCGAUUUUCUUAAGGAUAUUGGUGCCCAACCCGCAUCAACAGCUAGAGACCUUGUCGAAAACUCGGAUAUCAUCUUCAUGUCCCUAAGCGACGACUCGGCUUUGGAGGCAACCCUGGAUGCAAUUAUUGAUGCUAAAACAACCAGUCAACUCACGGGAAAGAUCAUUAUAGAUACAUCGACGGUUCACCCUGAUUCUUCCGCAAAGGCAGAAGCCAAGGUUCAAGAAAAAGGAGGCCAGUUUAUCGCCUCGCCAGUCUUUGGCGCAAGCCCCGUUGCAGCACAGGGCAAGCUCUUGUGGAUCAUUGCAGGACCAAAAGACUCUGUUAAUAAGAUCACCCCAUAUGUCGAAGGGGUUAUGGGAAGGGGUGUCAUCCGGGUUGGUGAGGAUGUGAGAGCGUCUGGUAAGAUGAAAACGGCAGGAAACUUCAUAACAGCUGGUUUCAUGGAAAUCAUUGCCGAAGCACAUGUGCUGGCCGAAAAGUCGGGUCUAGGCAGUGAGAACCUGGAAGCGUUAAUCGAGCAGCAAUACGGGCCUCUGCCAUUCUCCAUGUCUCAGCGGUUGACUACUGGAGCAUAUAUGCCAGCAAGAGGCGACAGACCUUGGUCUGAUCUUAACUUGGCCAUCAAGGACGUGGGUCAUGGAAUUGCCCUAGCAGAACAGUCUGGAGCCAAGUUGGAGGUUGCAGAAAUUGCUAUCAAGCAUUUGAAAGAUGCAAAGAAGUUUUCUGAUUCCGAACAAAGGCCACUUGAUUCGUCAUCUAUGUAUGGAAUACUACGACAGGAAGCUGGACUGCCUUUCCAGACAAAGUUGAUCGAGGACCGAGAUUUGGUAAGGGAUACUAAAAGGGGGUGA